AUCCUAUGUUUGGUUAAGAGACUAGUUUAUGGUAUUAAGUUUAAAAAACGAAAGUACCCUUGCAUCCAAUCCCAUUCAAAUCCAUGUUUGGAAAAGGAAGACUUUGGGAAUUUUAUUGGCACCGUGGUCAUUUUAUCUUCAUAUUGACCUGGAUUAAUUUUAUAUCACAUGUCACAUGAGAUUGAUUUGUACCGUAUGCAGCGCUAUUAGACACUAUAGCAUCAAGCUGGUAUUGAAAUAGUCUCUAAGGCGGGUCCUAUAGUAUGAUCCAAAGUUGUAUUAAGUAAUCUCAAACUAAUUUAGUCCAGUUCCAUUUCCUAGUACUUGAACCAAACAUGCUUUUUGGGUUUCUGGAAUUGGAAAAAUCCAAACUGCAAUGGUGCAACCUUAAAGCUCAAAAUAUUUUUAUUGAGAAGAAAAAAAGAACAUACGAAUUGCAUCCAAUCCUCCAAAUUCAAAUGUAGAUUCAUCCUAAAUAUUUUGUAAUUGUUCAUCAUGGAACUCCAUAGUGAAGAUUUUAAGCUUUUGAAUGCAUCUUGUUGAGUAAAACUCAAAAUUGCAAACCUGAACUCAUUGCACUUGUGUAGGAGUAAUACUUGGGUAAUAUGGGGAAUUAUCUUGCAACUAGAGGCUGGAGAAGUGAUAAAGGAAUUUAUUGUAGGGAAUUUAGAGGGCUAGUGCAAAUUCCACCUUGUAGAUGACGAGAUAAGGUGUUCUUAUAUGACUGAAGAAGGCCUUGGGUAAGCAAAGUUCUGUGUUGCAAUGAAGUCUCAAUGGCCUGGAGAGAGAGAGGGAGAUAGUCUUCGUGGAGGAGGUUGGUGGGUAAGAGGUUUGGCGAAUAGCAGGUGAUUGGUCAUCUAAGGGAGGGUGAGAUACCUGAAAUAUAUUAGCUUUGUGUUGGGUCGGGCCAAAGGAUCAGUGUUUGGCAUGAUCCUCUAUUUGAUGGUAUUCCCUUGUAACAAAGAUUUCUUGAUUUAUUUUGCCUAGUGUUUUAUAAGGAGUUUAUGAUGGCAAUUAUUUGAGGACAUCGGGCAAUGGGGUCAUGGGAAUCCUUACUUUGGGAAGACUUCUCAGGAUUGGAAGUUUUAGUAGAUGGAUGCUUUCCUUGGGCUAUUAGUCCUCUUAGGUGUUGCCCCUUAUUCUCAUUUUCCUUGGAAGGCUUUUGUGAGACUGAAGUGCCACCUGAGAUUGUUUCUUUUGAGGGUUACAAAGGAGAUUUUGAACCUCUUACUAUUGCAGUUCCCAUGCUCCUGUGCAUGGAAAAGUGUGGUUGUUGGUGUGCUCUUGUCAUGUGGAAGCUAUGGUUCCAACAAUAUCAAUAUGACUUUGAUGGCGAGGAGAUGAUUUUGCAGCUUAAGAAGUCCUUUUUGUGCUAUAGUUUGGGAGUUGAAGACUUGGAACUACUCUCCGGAGAGGAGCUUCAUAUGCCCAAUUCGUUUCUGGUUAUUUUAAAUGGGCUUAUUCUUGGAAAGCACAGGAUGCCACAGCGUUUUGCUAGUGCGAUGAGAAAGCUACGGAGGGCUGGUAAAAUUGGCGAGUUUGUAAGCAUCUUUGCAAAUGAGAAGCAUCGUUGUGUUUACAUUGCUUCAGAUGGUGGUCGUGUCUGUCGUCCACUUGUAAUUGCUGACAAGGGUGUUUCGAGGAUCAAAGAACACCAUAUGAAGGAGUUGAAGGAUGGAGUACGCACUUUUGACAGUUUUCUGCGAGAUGGUUUGAUAGAGUAUCUUGAUGUCAAUGAGGAGAACAAUGCUUUGAUUGCGCUGUACGAGGGAGAGGCUACACCUGAAACAACCCAUAUUGAAAUCGAGCCUUUCACCAUCUUAGGUGUUUGUGCCGGACUUAUUCCUUAUCCUCACCAUAACCAGUCACCCAGAAAUACCUAUCAGUGUGCAAUGGGGAAGCAAGCCAUGGGCAACAUUGCAUAUAACCAGUUAUGUCGGAUGGACACGUUGAUCUACCUUUUAGUGUAUCCUCAAAGGCCCUUACUGACGACAAGAACAAUUGAACUGGUUGGAUAUGAUAAGCUUGGAGCCGGGCAGAAUGCAACUGUUGCAGUUAUGAGUUACAGUGGAUAUGAUAUAGAGGAUGCCAUUGUUAUGAAUAAAUCAUCUCUGGAUCAUGGUUUUGGGCGUUGUAUUGUAAUGAAAAAGUUGUCUGCUGUACAACAGAAAUACGAUAACAAUACCUCAGACCGAAUCAUUGGACCUCAGCGAGAGGGUCGUGAUGCUGAAAAGAUGCAGAUUUUGGAUGAUGAUGGACUUGCUGCUCCUGGAGAAAUAAUUAGACCACAGGACGUUUAUAUUAAUAAGGAGUCCCCUGUUGUUACAAGAGGACAAGUUAUGUCACCCAUGGGGUUGCCAGAUAGUGCCUAUAAGCCGAGCAGACAAAAGUACCACGGCUCUGAAGGGGAAACAGCUGUUGUUGAUAGAGUGGCUCUCUGCUCUGAUAAAAAUAACAAUCUAUGCAUCAAAUUUAUGAUCCGCCAUACUCGUAGGCCCGAGGUAGGUGACAAAUUUAGUAGCAGGCAUGGCCAGAAAGGAGUCUGUGGCACUAUUGUUCAACAGGAAGAUUUCCCAUUUUCUGAACGUGGCAUUUGCCCUGAUCUGAUUAUGAAUCCUCAUGGAUUUCCAAGGUAUAUAGGAGAAUUUCUCCUUGAAAAGAAGCCACUAUUUUGUAUUAAGCGAAUGCCAGCUAAGUAUGAGGAAUCCAUGCAUUGCUGGACUGCAUUGUUACAUCCAUACAUGACCCUCAUUAUUGACCGUACAUACCGUUCUGUGAUAGUUAUUCUAUUUUCUUUGUAA